CAAAUUCUAAUCUUCCUUGCUUGAGUGAGGGCUUCUUCAUCCUCAUUGUACUGCAUCUUUUAGUGCAGUCUGUCCGUUCGAUUUCCUUCAACAAAACCCACUUCUAUCCCGGUGAAACUGACAUGAUAUACGGAGGAGAUGCGAUGGCAUCGUCAGGAGCAAUCCACCUCAACAUCGUCAACUAUCAGUUUCGCGUCGGCCACGCCACAUUCGCUAAACCGGUGCAGUUAUGGGAUUCCUCCACUGGCAGAGCCACGGAUUUCACUACUCACUUCUCUCUAACCAUCGACGCCCUCAAUUCGACAUUGUGCAGCGAUGGCAUUGCCUUCUUCCUUGCUCCCGUCGGUUUUCCCAUCCCGCCCAACUCGGCAGGUGGAUUUUUGGGACUAUUCAACACGAGCACAACUGGUGCCUGGGCUCCUAAUAACCAGAUAGUGAUGGUCGAGUUCGAUACGUUCCCUAACAAAGAGUGGGACCCUGAUAUGCAGCAUGUCGGGAUCAAUAGCGACUCGAUUGGCUCGGCAGUGUAUUCCUCCUGGAAUGCCACCUCACACAGUGGAGAACCAGCAGAUGUUUGGAUAAGUUACAAUGCCGCCACCAAGAAUCUUAGUGCUUUUUGGACAUACGCGCAGAACCACGUCUUCACGGGGCAGAUAUCGCUUUCUUAUCAAAUCGAUCUAACAAAAAUCCUCCCAGAGUUUGUCACAAUUGGGUUUUCUGCAGCCACCGGUGAUUACACUGAGCAGCACAUCAUUAAUUCAUGGGAGUUCACCUCAAAUUUGGACACAAACAAAAGAGAAGACAACAAAAAAGAGACUCUACUCAUUGCAGUUAUUGUUGUUUCAUUCUUCCUUUUGGUGCUUCUCGUUGGAGUCGCUUGGUGGGUUGUGAAGACGAGAUUCGGAAAGAGCGAUAGAGAUGACAGGAGACGUGUAUUCGCUGGCUUGGCCAUUAACAUGGACAUCGAAAGAGGAGGCAUGCCCAGAAAGUUCUCUUAUCAAGAGCUGAGAGCUGCGACAAACCGCUUUGCAAGUGAUCGUAGACUGGGCCAAGGCGGAUCAGGGCACGUUUACAAGGGUACCUUGGGUAAUCAAGGCCGAGGGGUCGCUGUCAAGAGAAUAUUCGCACAGUACGAAAACUCUGAGAAAAACUUCACCAACGAAGCGAAGAUAAUUAGCCGCUUAGUGCACCGGAACCUGGUAAAGUUCAUUGGAUGGUGUCAUGAACAAGGCGAGUUUUUGCUCGUAUAUGAGUACAUGCCUAAUGGCAGCCUCGACACGCAUUUAUUCGGCAAUGGGAGGAUGCUCCAGUGGGAAGCAAGGUACAAAAUAGCCCUGGGAUUGGCCUCGGCCCUUCACUAUCUCCAUGAAGACGCUGGACAAUGUGUGCUUCACAGGGACAUCAAAUCAGCUAAUAUCCUGUUGGACACGGACUUCAGCACCAAGCUCGGCGACUUUGGUGUCGCCAAGCUAGUGGACCCUCUAUUGAGGACCCAACAGACGGGAGUCGUCGGGACUCUAGGCUACUUAGCUCCAGAGUACUUAAAUGAGGGGAGGGCAAGUAGAGAGUCCGACAUGUUCAGCUUUGGAGUCGUGGCCCUGGAGAUCGCUUGUGGUAAGAGGACGUAUGAAGUUGGGGAGUUUCAGGUUCCGCUGAUCAGAUGGGUCUGGCAACUGUACCUCGCAGGAUGCGUGCUGAGCGUGGCGGACGAGAGAUUAGAAGGAAAUUUCGAUGACAAGGAAAUGGAGUGCUUGUUGACUGUGGGUUUGUGGUGCACACACCCUGACAAGAGAGAGAGGCCUAAGGCCGGUCAAGUGAUUAAGGUUCUUCAGAACGAAGUGCCCUUGCCAGAAAUUCCUCAGAACAUGCAUGAACAGAAUUUUUAUGCUUGGCCUUUUUCUACAGUAUAGGUUCGGUUCCAUGCCCCGAAAAACAGUGCUACCCCCUCCUUAAGUCCAUGAAGUGAUGUUGCUAUACUCUAAAGAACUUUUCAAUAACCCGGCAAAUUCGCUUCUGUGAUCCUAAAAGUUUAAGCCAAUGUAA